AUGAGUGGAACCCAUUUACGGAAGUGUCUAACUUUCUCACGAUAUUGCCUGUUAAGACAGAACAGAACAAGGAUUCGUUUAAGUCUAUUCACUAGGACUCUGACAACGGAGAACCAAGAAGAAGGCAAUGAUGACCGGAUGUAUGUAGAUGGAAAUGGUCAGCUGAGAUUGCGCAAACUGGAAUACGAUGAACUCUACCCGGGGCACAUUCCAACGUCUAAUCUACAGAAAGUGCUUCUAUCUAUUGGGUCAGCGGGAAUGUCCCUACUGGAUCCAAGUAGAGAUGAUAUGAUUGCCACACUUGGUGAAACUACAGGAACAUGGGCUCUUCGUUCUAUCAAACAGAAAAUGGAGGCAGAUCCAACUGGUCAAAGGAUUCUUCAGGAACAGCCACUCAUUAAUACAAACACAGUAUCCAUUGACUACCUUGGGAGUUUACCUGAGGGAACUUUUGGGAAAAAAUAUUGGCAUUUCCUCAGCAAAAAUGGUUUUUCUCCAGAUGCUAGAUUACCGAUUCAUUUUGUGGAUGACCCAGAGCUGAAGUAUGUCAUGUUAAGAUAUCGACAGGUUCAUGACCUCUUCCACUCCAUUCUAGGGAUGCCCCCUCAUAUGCUUGGAGAAGUGGCAGUCAAGUGGGUGGAAGCCCUACAGACCGGCCUACCCAUGUGUGUUCUGGGAGCUUUGUUUGGGCCACUCAGAUUAGGUCCAAAGCACACAAAGAAAUAUCUUGAUACUUACCUCCCUUGGGCAAUAAGAAAUGGGCAGAAUGCCAAGUUCCUGAUGGCGGUUUACUGGGAGGAGCACUGGGAAGAUAAUCUGGAGGAAUUCCGACAGCAGCUAAAUAUAGAACCUCCUCCAAUAACCGCCACAAACAACCCUUAAAAAUGUCGCCAGCAGCUAAAUAUAGAACCCCCUCCAAUAACCGCCACAAACAACCCUUAAAAAUGUCACCAGCAGCUAAAUAUAGAACCCCCUCCAAUAACCGCCACAAACAACCCUUAAAAAUGUCACCAGCAGCUAAAUAUAGAACCCCCUCCAAUAACCGCCACAAACAACCCUUAAAAAUGUCGCCAGCAGCUAAAUAUAGAACCCCCUCCGAUAACCGCCACAAACAACCCUUAAAAAUGUCGCCAGCAGCUAAAUAUAGAACCCCCUCCAAUAACCGCCACAAACAACCCUUAAAAAUGUCGCCAGCAGCUAAAUAUAGAACCCCCUCCAAUAACCGCCACAAACAACCCUUAAAAAUGUCACCAGCAGCUAAAUAUAGAACCCCCUCCAAUAAUCACCACAAACAACCCUUAAAAAUGUCACCAGCAGCUAAAUAUAGAACCCCCUCCAAUAACCGCCACAAACAACCCUUAAAAAUGUCGCCAGUGUUGAUAAAUAAAGGCCUGAAGUUACAAAUUACAGCCAACAGAAAACUUUUCCCACAUUAAUCAAUCAUAGACUGUU